AUGCCACCCCCACAUACACCGUCCACAAUGCCGCAGAAAGACCUAAAGCCCAUCCAGACCUUCUACUGCGCCUACCUCCUGCGCUCCACCGUCUCCACGAAGGCCCUCUACAUCGGCUCCACCCCCCACCCGCGCCGCCGCCUCGCCCAACACAACGGCGAGAACCGCGGCGGCGCAAAGCGCACAAGCUACGGAAACUACCAGCCCUGGGAGAUGGUAUGCAUUGUCGCCGGCUUCCCGUCCAGUCUUGCCGCACUGCAGUUCGAGUGGGCCUGGCAGCACCCGCACAUCAGCAAGAAGAUCCCCGCGCCCCUCCGCCUCGCAACAACCAAGCGCCGCACCUCCAGCAGCCGCCCAAAGCUCUGCGCCCCAAAGAGCCUCACCUCGCGCCUACAGAGCCUGCACCUCCUCCUCCGCGUGCGCGCCUUCGCGCGCUGGCCCCUCUCCGUGCGCUUCUUCGCGGCCGACGUGCACCGCUCCUGGGAGCUGUGGUGCUCGCGCGAGAGCACGCCACUGCGGCGGGGCAUUGGCGUUGCGCUGGACGUGCGCGUGCGGGAGGGGGAUGGGCCCGUGAAGCGGCAGUGGGGCGCGGGCGGGGUGGGGGGGCUGCAGGGGCUGGAUUUCGAGGGGGGGUUGGGCGCGCAUUUGGUGAAGGCGCGGGAGGUUCUGGGGGGCGAGGGGGCAGCGGUGGUGUGUGCGGUGUGUAAGGGGGAGGCCAGGCAGGAGACGGCGGUCGUGUGCCCGCAUGGGGAGUGCGCGCAUGUGGCGCAUGUGGGGUGUUUGGCGGGGGUGUUUUUGGACCGCGAGGUGGGGGCUGAGAUGAAGGCGGAGGUGCUACCGGUGGAGGGGGCGUGUCCGGGGUGCGGAGGCAUGACGCCGUGGGUGGACCUAGUGAAGGAGCUCAGCGUCCGGACACGGACCAAGGCGAAGCCUAAAAAAACGAAAAAAGGCGCCGCAGCAGGAGAAGACGACCAAGACGAGGAAGAAGAGGAGCAAGACCUCACAGACGAGGAAAUAGCUGACCUCGACCUCGACACCGACACAGACUCCAUCAUGAGCGACGAUCCAGAACCAGCAGCGAAGAAGAAGCGAAUCACGAAAAAGCCCGCCAAACCGCCCCGGACGCAGCGGCUUCCCAGCGUAAUCGAAGACAGCGACGGCGACCCCGGCAGCGACCUCGUCAGCGAGGCCGAGAGCGAGAAGGCCAGCAAGGGGCGUAAAACCGCGCGCACUAAAAAGGUAGUAGCAGCAGAGAGAAGUGAUGGAGCGAAAGGCGCCAAGAAGAAACGGGCGACGAAGAAGGCGCUUCAGGCUGUAGUCGAAGAAGAGGUAGAGGUGAAGGUGGAAGAGGUGGAGGAGAGUAAGCCGGUUAAGAAGGCCAAAGGCAGGCCGAAGAAGGUCGCUGAUCCCGAGUCCGAGACUGAGCCUGUAGUUCCUGCUGUAGAGAACGGGGGAGUGGCAAAGAAGGCCAGGGGAAGGCCGAAGAAAGUUGCUGAUCCCGUGCCUGAGCUUGUAGAGGACGUGGCAGCGAUCAAGAAGCCCAGAGGGCGGCCACGGAUGACCGCACAACCGCCCGACGAGCCGGGUGCGGCGAAGGUCAAGAGGGUGAGGAAGUCGAAAGCGGAAUUAGUUGUGCCAGAGAGCGACUGGGAGGGUGUAGAGACUAUUGUGUAG